GCUCCGAGAUCGCUGUUCCUCGUCUUCUCUCGUUCUCUCUCUCUCUCUCUCAUGGCCGUGCCGGAUUUCGCCUCGCUGGUGCGAUUCUCGGGAAAACCCUAACUCGCCGGCGGCCGGCGGUGCGACGGCGAACGAGCAAACAAGAAGGCAGACAGUGUUGAUGUUUCAUGGAUAAUGAUCUUAGAGAUGGAUAACAUGCCUGCUCCAUCCUGGGAGACUGCACGUCGUCUUUAUGAAAAGAACAUUGAGUUGGACAAUAGGCGUCGAAAGUCUGCCCAGGCUCGAAUUCCAUCUGACCCAAAUAUAUGGCAACAGAUGCGUGAGAACUAUGAAAAGAUAAUCCUUGAGGAUCAUUCAUUUUCCGAGAAGCACAAUAUCGAGCAUGCUCUGUGGCAAUUGCAUUACAAGAGAAUCGAGGAAUUGAGAGCACACUAUACUGCUGCUCAAGCAUCAGCUAAUUCAAAUGCAUCAUCAAAUGGGAAAGGACCCUCCUCUCGACCAGACCGAAUAACAAAAAUAAGACUGCAGUUUAAAACUUUUCUCUCUGAAGCAAGUGGGUUCUAUCAUGAUCUGAUCUUGAAAAUCAGAUCAAAGUAUGGUCUCCCUCUCAGUUACUUCUCUGAGGAUGCAGACAAUGGACUUUUGUAUGAGAAAGAUGGAAAAAAUUCUGCUGAUGUGAAAAAAGUUCUAAUUUCCUGUCACCGUUGCUUGAUUUAUUUAGGUGACCUUGCACGUUACAAAGGUCUGUAUGGAGAACCUGACUCGAAAGCUCGUGAGUUUGCAGCAGCUUCCAGUUACUAUCUCCAAGCUGCAUCUCUUUGGCCGUCUGUUGGAAACCCCCAUCAUCAGCUUGCUAUAUUGGCUUCGUAUUCUGGGGAUGAUUUGGUAACUAUUUAUCGAUAUUUCCGGAGUUUGGCUGUGGAUAACCCUUGUUCAACAGCAAGGGACAACUUGAUUGUUGCCUUUGAAAAGAAUCGUCAGAGUUACUCUCAACUACAUGGAGAUGCUACUAAAACUUUUACAAUGCGGCCUGCUGGAAAAGGAAGGAUACGGCAAGCCAAGGUUGGAUCUAAAGAUACUGUUGCUGAAGCUGCAACUUUCAAGGAAAGUAAAGCCAACGCCCAUGAUACAUACAAAUCGCUUUGUAUCCGCUUUGUGCGACUAAAUGGGAUUCUGUUCACUCGAACAAGCUUGGAGACCUUUGCGGAAGUCCUUUCUUUGGUUGUCACCGGUUUAUGUGAUCUUCUGCCUUCCGGGCCAGAAGAGGAGAUGAAUUUUGGAAAAGAUGCUUUUGAGAAUGGACUUUUCUUGGUCAGACUUGUGGCUAUCCUUGUAUAUACCAUCCAUAAUGUGAAACGUGAGAGCGAAGGCCAGACUUAUGCAGAAAUACUUCAGCGUGCUGUGCUGCUGCAAAAUGCAUUAACUGCAGUCUUUGAGAUCAUGGGGCAUGUCGUGGAGAGAUGCGAACAACUCUCUGAUCCUUCCUUGAGUUACCUCUUACCUGGCAUUUUGGUUUUUGUAGAAUGGUUGGCAUCCUAUCCUGAGAUUGCCACAGGUGGCGAUGAGGAUGAGAAGCAGGCAACUGCUAGAUCAAAUUUCUGGAGCUAUUAUGUCUCUCUUAUGAAUAAGCUCUUGUCAAUAGGGUCAAUGUUCGUAGAUGACUCUGAAGAUGAAAGUUGUUUUGGUAACAUGAGCAAAUAUGAAGAAGGAGAAACUGGAAACCGGCUUGCUUUGUGGGAAGAUUUUGAGUUAAAAGGAUUUCUGCCUCUAAUUCCUGCACAAACCAUUUUAGAUUUUACUAGGAAGCAUUCUUUUGGAAGUGAAGGGCACAAGGAAAAAAGUGCUCGUGUUAAAAGAACUCUUGCUGCAGGAAAAGUGCUCAUUGGUGUGGUUAAAAUCAAUGACAAAACGGUUUGGUAUGACUCAAAGGUGAAGAAAUUUGUUAUUGGUGUUGAGUCUCAAAUGUCAGGAGAAGAUCGCAUUCCUCCCAAUUUUAAUGUUCCUAAGGCAAAUGAUCUGGUGCUAGAAAAUGGAGGACCAUCUUUUGUAAAAUUUGAAGAACCUCUGUCGAAUUCUCAGCUAUAUGUGGAUGGGGAAGAUGAGGAUGAAGAGAUUGUUUUUCAGCCUAUGGCAGUGGAGAAGCAAACAGAUACUGCUCCUCAAAAUUUCAUUUCUUUGGGGAUGUCAGAGGCCCAGAAGAAUGACUUUGGAACUCGCCAACCCUUUUCAAUUGCUUCUACAUCAGCGCCUCUUGAUAAUUUUCCACAUGUGACUGCGUCAGAUGCUUUUUCAUGGAACCCUGUUUCAGCUGGUAAUCUGCAACCUAUCAAAUCACAUACUUCAAAUUGGUUGACAGAAGAAACUUUGCUUUCCAAUAGCUUCAAAGAUCUAAGGAUGCUGGAGAAUGGGUAUCUUGCACAACCUGAGAUUAAAGAGAACACGGUCAACUUUUUUCCUGCAGCCCAUCCAGUUUCCAUUAGACAGCCUGCUGUUAAUAGCAAUGGUUUUUUCUUGAAUCAGGCAAAUGCUCCAGAAGCUGUUCUUCCUUCAUCCGGAUAUAAUGCUGCCAAUUCUUCCGGAGUGAGUGUUGAUGCUUUGACUGCAAAACCAUCAUCUACUUUUCCUGUAGGUUUGAAGAAGAAUCCUGUUGCUCGGCCCCUCAGACAUAUUGGUCCUCCCCCUGGUUUUAAUGCUGUUCCGAAGCAAACACAUGGACCCCUUUCAGGUUUAGACUUGACUGGUCAGAAUCAAAUGUUGGAUAACUAUAGCUGGUUGGAUGGGUAUCAGAUAUCUUCAGCAAUCAAGGGCAUCGGGAAUAAUCCCAUUAGUUACCCAUCUCAUGCAAACUCCCCACAGAUAACUAGCAGUGCUGCUUCAAUUGGGACAGUCAGCUUCCCAUUUCCUGGAAAGCAGGUCCCUACGGCCCACCAAAUGGAAAUUCAGAAGGGCUGGCAAGAUUAUGAGAGUUUGGAGCGUCUAAAGCCACAACAUCAGAAGGAGACGCAGCAACCUCAGCAAAUAAUUAACGGGAACCCGCAGCUUGGUCCUUUGCCAGAGCAGUACCAAGGAUCAGUCUGGACAAGUCGUCCUUUUGUGUGAGGUCAAUGCAACAGCAUCAAGUGGAACGAAUGAUUUUGGUGAAUACCGUCACCCUUCUUCUGCUCUAUUAAACUCCAGUUAGGCGGAUCUCUCAAUGCUAAGUUUGUGUUGGAGAAUGGAUGGCCUUGGCUUUUAGAUGGGAAGUUGUACUUACCAAUUUGUUCUCUUCUUGACUUUGGCUGCACUUGUAUCAGUUGAACUGUAAACCAAGCUUUGAAGCAGAAGUUGAUCUGGAGGAAGUUGGACAUAUUUAAAAUGCCAGGUUUUUAUGUGGUGCAUCUUCUGGUGAUCAUGGUGAACAUAUGUUGGAUAGGGAGAUCAUCAGUUGUUGGGGCUUAUUAUAUUAUCUGAAGAGUUGAUAAAAUGUGGAUGCGGUGCAUGCUGUUCGACUAAAUUGUCAUGACUGCUUCUGUCCGAUGGAAUGUGAUGAGUUUGGUCAUCUCUCUGGUGUUGUCAACUUCCAAUGCGGGAUGCAUUAUAUUGGAUCAGCUUGUCAGAAACUUGAGAGCUCCAGCUACAACUCUGGCUCUGGUCUGUGCCGAUGGUUUUUGAUGAGAAUAAUCCCUUGAGGAGUGAUGUGAUGUGGUUGAGUCUGAGCAAUUGAUGUGUCUGGAACUGAGUAUGCACAGUUCCAUAUGCUCAAGCGGUCUGAAGAAUUAGAUAGAAGACUUAAAAGUCUCGUUUAUGUUGAAGUCAGCUUGAGCUUCAACACAAUAAAGUAAUUGUACUUGCUUAUUUUAAGGGUCGGCCCUGUGUUUUAUGUUUGGAGACAUCAGGUAAAAUAUUGUCGGGCCAAUGUUGCAUCUGCAUCGUGCUUUUCUAUGGAUAUAUAUUGUCAUAAAUUUGGUUUGACGUGAACUUUUCCAUGUUGAAUUUGAUACUCCAGCGGUCUA